UGUGGCCGCUUACAACACCUCCUACUCCUUUUCCUUCUCUCCUCCUCGUUCUUCUCCUCGUCCUCAUCCUCCUCCUCCUCCGACGCGGUUGUGAGAUCUGUGCGGUGGUGUUUUUUGUUUCUCGUAACAUUCAUUUGAUCGCGUUUUCUUUUUUUUUUUUUUUUUUGCGUGUGAGGUGAGCGGUGUGCGCCCGGCGGAGGGCAGGAGGAAGAGAACCCGGCGGUCGGGCUGAGGACAGACGCAGUGACUCGCAGGUGUGUGUCGCGCUGAGGUGUUCGCUGCGGCGCGUGUUCUCGUGGUGGUGAGCGUCGCACCGAACACCAGAGGAGAGAGAGAUAGAGAAGAGAAAGACAGAGUGAGAGACAGGACUUGAACAUCGCACGAGGAGAGAUAGAGAGAAAAGAAAUAUCUCAAAAGCGAUUCAAAGAUACAAAAAGUGCACGUAUCCACAACAAGCGCACUGAACCAACACCGGCCAGUCUCCUGACAACCCAAGGAGCGCCAACACCAUGACCAACACCAGGAAUUAAUCAGAAACUCGAACAGAGAGACAGAACACGUAUUGCAACCUAACCUAAAUCUUCUUAACUGAUUCUUAAAGACUUCGAGAAGCAGCUCACAUCAGCUUAACCAAGCAAUAAUACUAAGACGGUCACCAGUUCAUCCUCACCUGCCCUUCCCUUCCCUUCCCGCGACACGUGAUGGGUGGACCUGUUCCUCGUGCCUAGCUAGCAGUGCCCUUCGCCUCCCGGAGCACUGGGGGGGCCGCGGCGGGAGCGUCUCGGGAGGAAGUGUUACCUGAAGCUCCAGUAGUUGACAGUAAUGGUAAUAAAGUGUCUCAUUACAUAUAUAUACAUGUAAUACUCCAACUGUGAUGAUUCUUCUGUGAUACGCCAACCUCCGUGUUUUGUGUGUAUGUGUGAGUGUCGAACUCUCAGCCCAGGCGAGGCAGUCAACGCACGCACGCCAAGACAAUCCUUCUCUGUUCUCAGGGGCAAAACAGGAGCUUCUCUCUGUGUAUCUAUAUGUCUCUCCCUCUCCCGCCGCCGGCUCACCUCACUCCCCCCUCCUCCAAACCACAAGCGUGCGACAGCCUGAGAUAGACUGACUGAGGCUUAUGCAAGAAGAAAAACAUUGUCGCUCGUGCAGUGCUAGCCAAGGCGCCCGCGAGCAGACACCCCUACGCCUGCGACCCGCCCGGAAGGUUUAUGGGCGCGGCGACUUACUGUGUGUGCACUUAGCGCGGCUGUGACAGGUUCCCGUAGCGUGCCAGCUCGGUGUCGUAAAGGAGAAACUCUCUCACAUUACACCUAUUCACUCCUCGCUCAAGUGACAGAGAACCACCCAGCGCCAUCAGCUCACUAAGAGAAUAAUUUACAUAUACACCGAAACCUUCGCAGAGGAAACCCAAUUUGUCAUCUAUUUCAGCAAUUAAUAACAAGGUAGACGUCUAAAAUAAAGGCCCAUUCAUCCAUCACCCUUCCUGUCAAACUGAUUCGCGAAAAGCAAGAGGCGGUGAGAGAAAACCUUAUCGACAGCCUCUGGCAAUGAAUGGCGCACGCCUGCAAACACCACCAUAAAUUACCCACAGUUAUCCAUCUCCGGCCGCUCCACCUUGACUCGAGGACGACGCCACUGGUGCUUCCACUCCCUCAACUCGUCCCCAGCCACCACACUCGUCCCCUCUGAGCCCUACUAACCUGAGGACGCGGUACGUGGCUGAGGAGAGAGCAUGAUGCGGAGCUAGUGUUGCCGUCUCUUGGGAGUCGACGUGAAAAAUAAGAACUGCAGCAGCCAGCGAAUCAGCCAGCCAGGGAGCCAGCGGGUCUUCCUGGGCGAGACAAAGGAACGGAAACGCUAAAAACUCCUACGACAGCACCGAGGAAUCAUAAUCUCGCCGUAAAUUCAUCUCAGCUCAGCGGCCUCGCGACUGACACACAAAACCCAGGAAAAGUAUUUAUAGAAGGUAUAAAAAGACAUUCGUUAGUCAAAAUCCUUAAAGUCACUGAAGCAAAAAUUGAAACAGUGGUUCGUUUAGUAUUCCACUGAGGUAAGGAGAGAGAGAGAGAGAGAGAGAGAUAGAGGAAGAGAAAAAAGAAGAAACAGAACCCAACAAGUCAAGUCACUGCGGCACUGCGACGAUUCCUGACCAAGCAACCAACCACCAACUUCUUGCAUGAGCUUCACCCAAACUUCCUACAACCCAACGUGUACCUGCGGCCACCACUACCUGCCUGCCUGCCUGCCUUCACCUGCGUAGAGGGAGCGCGUCCCAAGACACGUUCCCUGUUCAGCAGCUCCUCAAAGAAGUCAGUCUCUCCUUCAGGCUCUCGGCCACGACCCCUUAGCGCCACACCUCACUCUAAAACCUCACACUCAGGGUACUUCUAGCUUUAAGUGGCUGAGAGAUCAACACGACCCGAAGGAAAGUUAUAUGUAUAUACUUAUACAAAAAAGAGUUCCGAGUGCCCUUCACCUGUUAAAGAUACGUACCUAUGUAAGGAUAAGAACCGUUGUUGUGUGGGCCCUAGAGGCUUAACACGGACCACUACCUCGCCCCGUGCUACACGCGGCGACAAGGACUCCUCCAAGGUUCCCUACGAGCCUCCUACAAGACUCCUUUACAAACUAUUCCACACACACAAAGAAAAAAAGUAGAAAUACUCCUCCACUUAGACCCCUUCAAAGCCUCAGGAAAGGAAAAAAAAAGGGAAGGGAAGGGAGGGGAAAAAAAGUUGUUGAAAAGGUCCUCCACAAACAACAAGACUUCAGAGAGGAAAAAACAUUCAUUAUCCUCCACACAAGUCGUCAGGGUUUGCCGUCAGCCCGCGGAGGCGGCGGCUGACGGACACUAACGGAGGCUACCACUGGGGUGGCCACGCGAGGAGGGCGGCGGCCGCUCCUCUUCCAUGCCCGGGCGCGGGGGUGCCGGGGACAAGUUUGAUUCUCGUUUGAAGAUUUUCCACAGGGGCACCGUGCAUGGAGUACCACACGACAAGAAAAUCCUCUUCGUGCUACGAACUUCACGUGAUGUUUCCUAACCCGGAGGGGCCUGGAUGUUGCGCUAUAAUUCUCACCAUCGUCUCUUAUCUCCUUAUCAUCGCCACCUUCCCCUUCUCACUAUGCAUGUGCAUCAAGGUCGUUCAGGAGUACGAGAGGGCCGUCAUCUUCCGCCUCGGUCGUCUCCUAAAAGGCGGCGCAAAAGGCCCUGGUAUCUUCUUCGUCGUCCCUUGCAUCGACUCCUACAGGAAGGUCGAUCUUCGAACUGUUUCCUUCGACGUCCCGCCGCAAGAGAUACUGUCUCGAGACUCUGUGACUGUGUCGGUGGAUGCUGUUGUUUACUACAGAGUGUCGGAUCCUAUAAUGGCAGAGACUAACGUAGAGGAUUACAGCCACUCCACCCGCUUGUUGGCCGCGACCACCUUACGGAAUGUCUUGGGAACAAAAAAUUUGGCGGAGAUUUUGAGCGAGAGGGAGAGCAUUUCUCACAACAUGCAGAGCUCCUUAGACGAAGCAACGGACCCUUGGGGUGUCAAAGUGGAGAGAGUAGAGAUCAAGGACGUGAGGCUGCCAGUCCAACUGCAGCGAGCCAUGGCCGCCGAGGCCGAGGCAGCGCGAGAGGCACGAGCCAAGGUGAUCGCUGCUGAGGGUGAACAGCGAGCCUCCAGAGCACUCAAGGAGGCCGCAGAGGUCAUCAACGAGUCCCCAGCAGCCCUCCAGCUCCGCUAUCUGCAAACCCUCAACACUGUCUCUGCAGAAAAGAACUCGACUAUCAUCUUCCCAGUCCCUAUUGAUUUCAUCCAGCACUACAUGAGGAAGUAGUUCGUCUAGUCCUGCAAGCAACAUCAUGAAUUACAAUAGAUUACUUUGUUUUGACUCCUUAGGACAGUGAGCUCAAAAGUUAGCUAAGCAUCACUUUUCUUUCUCACAGGAUAAAGGCAGAAUUUCAACAGCCAGAUCUUGAACAUAAAGAAUGUAUUUUGUAAGGGAGUAACUUUUGCCUUAAACUCAUGACUGACAAUUCCAUGAAUCUUGAGGGAAAUCAGUUCUUGAAAAAUGAAUUUUAGUGUAUAUAAUUAGAUUUUUAAAUAGUUAGGUAUUCCAUAUAUUAUCUUGCUAUGAAAAGUGUUUCAAUAGAUAUGUUAGGAAAUGAUUAUCUGUAGAUUUCAUUAUCAGUUCUGAGUUGCUAGUUGUAAACAACAUUCAGUUAAAUAAGGGCAUAAAGGAAAUUAUUUUGGAGAAGAUAUCUUUAAUUGAAAGCAAUAUGCAAAAAAAAAUAAAGAAUAUUUUCAUAUACAUACAUAAAUACAGCAGUUGUCAUUGAGAUUGGAGGAAUUACUUUCAUAGUAGGAAAAUAGUCAUUAUUUUGAAUUAAGAAUACUCUUUGUUCUCAUGAUUAUUUGGAAAAUCUAGACAUUGAGUUCCCAUUAGUUGUUACCCUUGUGUGUGUGUAUUUCUCAAUAAAUUUGGUCCAUUUUUUAUCCAAGAAAAUUUUAAUUUGUUACUCUAAUAUACUACUGACAUAGUAACUGAUUAAUUACUUUUUGGUUCCUGAUUUGUGAUGAUUUUGUAAUGCUAAAAUUGCACCUAAUAACAGGUAAAGACACAAUGGACCACUUACUGCAAAAUGCUAUUAACUUUUAAGGAAGUGUGAGAGUGGCAGCACCACACACUCUGACUCAGUGCUUGAACGAUGGACAGAAAGUUCAACGAUGCCAGAUAAUUUUGAGAAGUCUUCAGUGCUUUCUUAUCUUCUUCAAACACUGGAUCAGUAAAGUUUGAUUACCAGACAGAUUAUGAAGAUAGGUUUUGUAUAGAGAAUACAGAUCAUUCUAGCAGUCUAGGAGAUCUCUGGAGAGACUUACUAUGACUGUUAUUGGAAUUACAAUAGAAGAUGAGGUUGCAGAGUCUUGGUCAACCUUUAUGGAACGAUGGAAACUGUUUCAUACAAUUCUUUCUUGUAAAGAAAGAAAUAUCUUUAUAUAUCAUGAAAAUGUAGAAGUAACCCCACCUAUGUAUAAAUGUUUCAUAACAUUGGCCCUCCAUCAAUGUAGAGAAAUUAAUAUUCAUAUGCUUAUUAGACUCAGAGAUUUAUAUUACCCACAGUUAUAGGUAUAAUUCUUAUUUACUUGAACUAGUUAUGAAAUUAAUUAUGCAUAUUAUGUUAAGUUCAAAGAAUAUUGGAAUACCUGCACUCCAUAUUAGCCUUAGUAGAAUAGACUAUCUUAAGUCAUUUGCAGAAGCUUGUGUGUCUGUUCUCCUCAAUGAUUUCCCAGUGAUCCUUUUGCUCAUUUCUUGACUAAUAUUGUCCCAAGUCAAAAAUAUUAGUCACAGAAAUGGAUCAUCCUUAUGAAUACAGGGAAACCAUGGCUGACAGACACUCACUGGGACUGCAAUGCAUGUCACUGCGCGGAGGUGCACUGCCGCGUUGGGCUGUAGGGAUGCCCACAGUCCCACCACAGUCUGGUCCUCUUGGUUUGCUCCAUCACUUUCUUUCAUGUUAUGUUUUCAGUCAUUUUUCCAUGGAAUUCAGAUUAAUUCAGAUUCUUACUUGAAUAACAGUGUUUCAUUGUUGUUCACAAAACUUUAUUUGAGUAUAAUUUUCAGCAACUGUUUGUAGUUACCAGAAUUUAUUGGAUUAUAAAGAGUACCAGAUUUAGCACAUGUAUGUAAUAGAUUUUGUGUGUAUCUGUUUUGAGCAAACUAAGCACAAGUUAACUAGGUACUGGGAGUGACCUGAAGGAGAACUUUCUGAUGGUUGAAACAUACAGUUUGAUUAUGGCCUUUUUGUGUGGUAAAUAUUUUUGUAUAUCACCCUGGAAUGGAAUGGCUGUUGUUGCAACAAAUGUUCUGGCAUCCCAGGCACCUCCUCCUCACACUCGCUACUGGCGUGGGGCUGUGGAAAUAACGUCCCUCUAGUGUUGUGCAGUGCAUCCCAAGUUUGUUUUCUGGCAUUUGUAAAUCAUAACAUAUAAUUUUAAGAUUAUGCAGCACAUUAUAUUCAAUUGAUUUUUUAACACAACAUGCAUAUAUUUUACAGAUAUAGGUUGACAAGAAGGAAAGAAAGUUUUAGAACUUAUCUUGUUCCAUAUUUUGUCUUUGUAAUCUUAGAGAGUAAAGUACACAAAAUGAAAUAAACAUUGUCUUUAGAGUAGAUUUCAAUCUUUACAUUCUCCAAAAAGAAUUCAAUUUUCCAUUUCUUGUGUGCUACUUGGAGAUGAAGCAAAGUAUUUUACUCUGUAAAUGAAGUUUGAAAGAACAUAUCUUCAUAAUUGUACAUAGCAUAUUUGUAAUUACAACAAAUGCAAUAUCUUUGGAAAAGGUUAUCAAAAGUUUUGACCAGUAAUUUUCCCUCUCUCAGACUACAUUGGCCUCUGUUUGCCAACAUAAAUGUGUUUGGAUCAAGUGAUAUUUAUAUUGCACCUCUGUAUUCACGGUCUGCAGCAUGUUAUUAGAUUACUUGUGAUAAGAUUAUUCUGUUUUAAGUCCGGAUAUGCAUUUCAUUGUGGUUUUAUGUGAAAUGUCUUGAUCUUUCACAUAGACAUGAAAUGAUAUCUUGAGCCAAAAUUGAAAACUUUAAAAAAUUUGCUACACAACCUUAUGCCCAGACAGAAACUGAGUAUAGGGGAGAACCAUGGAAGAAAAAUAAAUAAAUCUUUAGACUUGUAAUAAAUGACUUCAGAAAAACCAGACGUCAAGUGUAGCGCAAAACUUAUAUAGAUUAUGACAAGUCAGUCUUGCUAGGAAUGCACAGGAAUGGUUUUUCUGAGGUAACAUGCUUACAUGUGUGUUACCAUCCAUUAAUGUUAAAUCAUGUUUCUUUUAUACAGAAUAAGAAUAAAUUUUACUUCAUCA